CACUACCACCUCAUCCCUCCGCACCCGCCGCCCGCGCGCUCGCCCUCGCCGCCGACUUUUCCUUCUCCUUCCUCCCCUCGCAUUGCCGUUGGACUUUCCAGGACUGCCGCGACGGCCGCGUCCUCCUCCAUUGCGGGCCAAAAACGGGCGAGGUGACCCCGAUCUUCCGGGAGUUGGCAGUGUGCGACCCUUCGCGCCGGUGGUAUCUCGUGCUCCCCCCAGUACCUGACAACCUAGCCGCUUCGGUAGGCAGAUGUCGGUGCAAGCCUUCUCUCUUUCCCGUCGGCAACGAUGAGGACGAAGCUGCUGCUGGUAUCAUUCCAAGUGAUGUGGAUGGCAUACUGCGAAACUAAGCUGUCCGCCUUCGUGUUCUCGUCGAGCACCGGACAAUGGAGAGCUGCUGCAUCCAAGGCUUGGAGUGAUUUGGCCCUUUGCAGCAGCGAGUCCGGCAUGAUGUCACAGGUCCACCCUCUUUUUCUCAGGCACCAUUAUGCUUAUGGGUGCUUCUACUGGGACUGGACGCUGUUCUGGAGGAAAACAUUGCUCAUGCUUGACACAAGAAGGAUGGGGUUCUCCAUUGUUGUCCCCCCACCUGGAGAAUGGAGAAAGGAAGGUUUUGCCGUUGUGGAGGCAGGGGAAGGCAGGCUUGGGAUGUUUGGUUUCCAUGGUCAACCUGCAUCUGACCUUACCUAUACCUUUGCACAGAACAAAGGCGAGAAUCCCAGCCAGUGGCAUAUGGAGAAGAUAAUCUCACUAGAUUCUGGUUACCGGUAUUAUGGAAGGUAUUUGCUAUUGACAAGGACAGCAGACAUAUCUCAAGAGAACCCACUCUUUGAAUAUUUUUCGAUUGACGUCAAGACGUUGCAUCUUCAGAGGGUUUAUUCACAUUAUAACAGGCUUAAGUUUGCGGGGACACACAUAUAUACCUACUUCCCGCCAUCAUUUUUCUCUUCAGACGCAAAUCUGAAGUGAUUCGAUCAAGUCAUCGUCAGAUCAGCUUUCCGAGUUUAAAGUGAUAGUGGUUUCGAUAGCGUGGAGUUUCUUGCUGUUGUGAUCACCUUUUGGACAAGCUGGCGUGUGACAAUCUACAGAAGUUCUCUUGGGAGUGGUCAUCUUUACGUUGUUCUUGUUUUCAUGCUACUUCUUAGCUUUGGGUUCUGUAACAUGGAUGAGGCUGCUCUCUGCCUACAAUGCGACAGUGAGUUUCAGUCAACCAACA